GAUGGCAUGUGUUCAAAGGUAAACGGCUAUCUCUUCGACCUUUCUCGAUUUUUCUCUGCACGGAACUUAAAACUCUUCCCUAAAAAAUCCACAGCCAUCAUAUUUCCGAACUGGACGAAGGAGUACAGACUUGAGCUUAGUAUUGCAGUCGUUGGCGACAAGAUUCCGUCUAUCAAUAAUCCUAAGAUUUUAGGAGUAACUUUUGAUAGUCAAUGUUUCUUCACUCCUCAUACGACCGCGAUUAUCGCCAAGGUACAAAGCCGCAACAAAAUCCUCAAGUCGCUAGCCGGCAGCACAUGGGUAAAUGACAAAGAAACGUUGUUGGGAACUUACAAGGCAAUCGGUCGGCCGGUCCUCAACUACGCUAUACCAAUACGGUCACCUGUAUGCAGUGGAACGCAGGUGAAGAAACUUCAGACUUGUCAAAACACUGCACUCCGGAAUACGACAAGAUGCCCCCUGAUGUCUCCCAUUGAACACCUACAUAGUGAGAAGUUUAUGCUUCCAGUUUAGGAGCAUAAUGAACUCCUCUCCAAGCAGUUCCAGCUGGGAUGUUUUCACAGAAAUCACCCCUGCAGCCACCUGCUUGGAGCGGAACCGCCUCCCAGGAACAUCAAGAUAUCUUUCCUCAAUUACGUCCACGACAUCGAACAAUACGCCGACCGGACUUCGGACGCAACGAACUUCCGACAGGUACUGACCGCCAUUCACAGUGGAGCCAUCAACCCCUUCACCGACUCCCUUCCGGUGAAUGGCGUUCAUGGAGUCAAAUCACCACCCAUUGCAGGCGAAGAGCCCGAGUUGGCGCGAGAAACGACCCUGGCGUAGCUUCGUUCUGGAUAUUGUAGCAGGUUAAACUCCUACUUGUCCAGAAUAGACCCCGACAUACCCAACAUAUGUAUGUCCUGCCGCCUCCGUAUGACACUGGCCACCUCUUUGCAUGCCCUGCCAACCCCACUCAUCUGACAACCUUUCCCUUUGGUCCGACCCCAUCGAAACACCACGUUUCUGGAGCCUCCCGUUGGCUGACGUCGACGGCUACUUAGAUAAUCCUUACAAAUGAGCUGCUUCGUGGGGUGAAAAAGACAGAUCUAUGUAUAUCUUAAAAAAUUUGGAACUAAUUCGUACAGUCGGGCUUAAAGAAAUCGACUCGGUUCAUAAUUUCCAUCUAAUUUCUG